UCUACAAGCAUCCAUCCAUCGAUGUAUGUCUGCUGUCACCUGUACAGGCGGAUCAUUUGCGUGUGCGUACGUGUGUCCAUCUAAUGCAAUGCAAUGCAGUGACCUAUGCCUUCCCUUCGUUCGUUCGUUCGUUCCCAUUGGGACGACCAAGGAGCUCACUGACCUCUCACACACAGAUAAAGCACCCAGGCCGCUUCAUUCACAAGACACGAUCAUCCAUCCAUAUGCCACCCCAGCCCACCCCCUCCGGCACUCAUUUGACCACCAGGUUGACAAUCUUCUUUGGCACAUAAAUCUCCUUGACCACCCGCUGCCCCUGCUCCUCAACCCUCGCCAACACACCAGCCACCCUCGCGUCAUCCCGCAGCAGUCGCAACACGGCCUCCCUAUCUCCCGCAAUAGCCGCAGGCACCUCCAGCUGCCCCCUCAGCUUCCCGUUGACCUGCACCGGCACGGUGAUCGAGUCCUCCACAAGCAGGUCUUCCCUGUAGGUCGGCCACUUGGCUGCAGUGCUGAUGGAGUGCUGUGGGAGGGAGGGGUGGAGGACGGCCCACAGCUCUUCGCAUACGUGGGGGGCGAAGGGGCUGAGCAGCAGCACCAGGGGGGUGGCGACUUCUCUCGGGAGGUCGGGCCACUUGUAGACGGCGUUGAGGAACUCCAUCGAGGCCGAGAUGGCGUUGUUGAACUUGAGUCCCUCGAUGUCCUCCGUCACGCGCUUGAUCAGCUUGUGCAGCGCCUUGAGCUCAUCUCGUGUCGCCUCCCUCUCCGAGCAGCCACACCCACCAUCAGGAGAGACGAUCUUCCGCCACAGCCGGUUGAGGAAGCGGUGGACGCCCUCCACGCCCUUGGUGCUCCAUGGCUUGACGCUCUCCAGCGGGCCCAUGAACAUCAGAUACAGCCGCAACGAGUCCGCCCCGGUGGCGGCGAUGAUGUCGUCAGGGUUGACGACAUUGCCCCUGCUCUUGCUCAUCUUCUCGCAGCGGGAGACCACCUCGAUGGUCGGGUCGGCCUUGAGCACGAAGGCGUCACCCUUCUUGACCAGCUGCUCGUCGCCCACCCGCUCUGGCGUCAGCUCUUCUCCCGUUGAGGCGUCGGCUGGGGUGAGGCCGGACAUGUCGACGUCUCUGGCAGUCGCAUGUGCGCCGUCUUGCCUCCGGAAGACCGUGUGCUCCAUCGGGCCGAGAAUGAGCCCCUGGUUGACCAGCCGCUGGAAGGGCUCAGGUGUCGACACGACGCCCAGGUCGUAGAGGACCUUGUGCCAGAACCGGGAGUACAGCAGGUGCAGGACGGCGUGCUCCGUGCCGCCCACAUACAUGUCCACCGGCAGCCAGUACUUCUCCAGCUCGCCAUCGAUCGGCGCCUCCACGUUGCUCGGGUCCACAAAACGAAGAUAGUACCAGCACGACCCCGCCCACUGCGGCAUCGUGUUGGUCUCCCGCCGCACUGUCUGCCCGUCCACGGUCGUCGUGACCCAGUCGGUUGCCAGCGAGAGGGGGCCCUCGAUUGACCCGCUCGGCUUGAAGGAGUCCAUUUGCGGUAGAGUGAUGGGCAGGUCAGUCUCCGGCACCGGCAUGGCCUCGCCGGCGUCGUUGAAUACGACAGGGAAGGGCUCGCCCCAGUACCGCUGACGGCUGAACAGCCAGUCCCUCAACGCGUAGUUGGUCUUCUUGCGGCCCCUGCCAUUAUCCUCCAGCCAGGCCGUGAUCUUCUCUUUUGCGUCGGGGGCUGACAUGCCGUUGAGUGAGACGAGGUCGCUCUCAGAGUUGACCACGACGGUGUCUGCCGUCUCGGUGAAGGCCUCUUGCUGGAUGUCCCAUGAGUCGUCUCCAGCAGCGGCGAUCACCUGGACGAUGGGCAGGUGGUACUUGAGGGCGAACUCAUGGUCCCUGACGUCAUGGCCCGGCACAGCCAUGAUGGCCCCGGUCCCAUAGCCGCCCAGCACAUAGUCCGCCACCCAUAUGGGCACCCGCUCCCCGCUAACAGGGUUGACGGCCAAGGCACCAGUGGGCACGCCAGUCUUGGACUUGGUCUCGGUGCGCUCCAGGUCGCUCUUGGACGCAGCGGCCUCGACGUAUGCCGUGACGGCGGCUUCUUGGUCGGGUGUGGUGAGGCUGGCCACGAGUGGGUGCUCCGGUGCCAGUACGACAUAGGUGCAGCCGAAGAGAGUGUCGGGGCGGGUGGUAUACACACGAAUGGCGGCGUCGGGCAUGUCAGCCACCUGAACCACACACACACAGGGAGAGAGAGGGAGAAUAGGACAUUGCGUGAGCAUCUCAGUGUAGGUCUGGGGGUCUGUGUGUGGGGCUGUGUGUGUGUGUGUGACCUGGAAGUCCACUUCCGCGCCUUCUGAUUUGCCGAUCCAGUUCCUCUGCAUUUCCUUGACGUUGUCGGGCCAGUCGAGCAUAUCCAGGUCCUCCAGCAGGCGGUCCGCAUAGGCAGUGAUCUUGAGCAUCCACUGCUUCAUGGGCCGCCGGUAGACGGGGAAGCCGCCCCUCUCCGACUUGCCGUCUAUGACCUCCUCGUUGGCCAGCACGGUGCCCAGCUCGGGACACCAGUUGACGGGCACUUCCGCCUGGUAGGCCAGUCCUCUCUCGAAGAGCUUGAGGAAGAUCCACUGCGUCCACUUGUAGUAGGCCGGAUCGGUGGUCGACAGCUCCCUCUGCCAGUCGUAGGCGAAGCCCAGGCUCUUGAGCUGCUCCCUGAACCGGUCGACGUUCCGCUGCGUCGUGAUGGCAGGGUGCGUCCCCGUCUGCACGGCGUACUGCUCCGCCGGCAGCCCAAAGGCGUCCCACCCCAUCGGAUGCAGCACGUUGAAGCCCCGCAGCCGCUUGUACCUCGCCAGGAUGUCAGUGGCUGUGUAUCCCUCAGGGUGUCCCACGUGCAGGCCCGAGCCAGAGGGGUAGGGAAACAUGUCAAGCACGUAGUACUUGGGGCGGCUGGUGUCGAUGUCGGGCGGCGUGCGGAACGUCUGGUUAGCCUCCCAGAACUGCUGCCACUUCCUCUCUAUCUCGGCAUGAGGGUAAGCGGCCACGGCCGAUGCGAUAGAAGAAGAAGACGGCGACGAUACUGCCUCGUCAUCGACUGAUGCAGACGUAGCAGCUGCGGGCCGCUCUGCUUCGGCAACAGAAGCAGAAGAGCUCAUCUGCAGCCUCAAGUGCCGCGUUGCUGGUGGCCGCCUGCUGUUGCUGGUGAGAUCUGCUGCAUGCGGGGCGAGGAAAGCCGCUUGCCGCCUGCGGAUGUGGCCAGAAGUGCCUUGGACGAUGGGCCACAGCAGCGAGAGGAAAGGUACCAACCUCAUGAUCAUGCUGACGAAUUCAAGAAGAUCGUUGACCCGAUAGCGUCUGUCCAAGGCAGCGGCAGCAGAAAGUCGCUCAAACGUCGCGGCGGCGGAGAGAGU